AUGUUGCCACCUACGUUUGAAACACUACCUGAUGAAAUUCUAAUGAUUAUUAUACGAUAUUCUGGUGAUAUUUAUACAAUAUUUCGAACAUUUUCUGGCUUAAAUCAACGUAUAAAUAAUAUUCUUGUCGAUCAACGUAUGCAUUUACUCACUGAUUUUCUCUUUAUGGAUACCAGUGAUGUAAAUAUUGAUUAUUAUUAUAAAUCAAAAAUAUUUCAUGAUAUAUCUCAACAAUUAUUAUCUUUGACAAUAACAGAAAACGAUCAACAACUUCGUCAAUGUCUUCAAUCAUUAGUUGUUUUUCAUAUCAAAUAUAAAUAUAAACAAUCAGCUGAUCAGUUAAAAUCAAGUAUAAAACAAUUUCAAUCUAUACGUAUGAAACUUACUGAUGAUGAUGCCAACAAUUUCGAUAUGGAAUUAGCAAAAACAUUCAAGGGUUUUAAAAGAUAUUCAAAGUCUAUGAAAAAUAUCAAACGAAUUGAAUCAUUAGUUGUCACCAAAGGUGCUAAACUUACAUGUUCUGACAAUGAAUAUGUUGACUUUAAUUUUGCUGAAGCCGUAAACCUUUUAUUACUAGACAAUAUCGCCACUGUUCGACCUAUAUCUCAGAGAUUUCUUAAUUCUAUUAUUCAAAUGUUUAAAGUACUCGUAAUUUCGAAUUUGAAUCUUCUACAUAAUCGAGCUUAUGUUGUCAAUGGUGGUUGUGUAAUCUAUUUCUUUCUAUUCUAUUUAAUUUAUCGAUGUCGUGCCUGGAAUUGUAAAACAUCAUGUCCCUCUUUUAAUAUUCAAUAUUAUGAAGCUACAGUAGAUUUACUUCUUUUUGCUUUACAAUGUCUAAAUUAUGAAUGCGUCGGAGAGUUUUGGUGGAUUGAUAGUUUUGUGGAUUUAUUAAAGUUUAUCAGUCCAAUUCAACUUAAUAUUGAUCAGGAAAUAUUUGUUUAUACAAGUCAAAUUGAAAUAUUAAAAAUUGUACUUGAUGAAAAUAUUCUAAAUGUGGCAAUGCCAUCAGAUGAACUAUUGCCUUAUAAUUUUAUAAAAUCUCUAGGGAAUAUAAUUAUAUGCAAUCGACUCGAUAUAAUUCUUUUCAUUUUUCAUUACAACGAACAUGUACGAAAUCUUUUUCAAUCAUGUUGGAAUAGUCGAAAAUUUCUUGGGAUAUUGACUGGAAAUCAAAAGCGAAGAAAAUUCUUUUAUGACUUGUUAGAUGACAAAUCAAUAAGAACAUGGUUAACAACACAUACAAAUCUAUUGUUUAUUCUAUUGGAAAAAAAAGAAUGUAAAGUUGUGAAACAAUUAUUAAAUCUAUCACCAUCACUUAUUCAUCGAUUAGAUGAAGAUGGCAACGAUCCAUUACUUUAUGUUUGUCUUAAAGUACGUGGAUGUCGACAUAGAUUAAUCGAAUAUUUAAUCAAAAUGGGAUCUGAUUUACACAGAAGAAAUUCGAAAGAUGAAAAUGUUUUCGAUGUAUUACAGUUGAAAAGAAAUAGAAAUUUGUUGAAAAGUUAA